AUGGAAUUCAACGAAAUAAGGUGCAACACAAGAGGCGAGGAGGAGAAGAAGGGCGAGGAAGCAGUUGGUGAGGGAGAUGCUGACCUGAGAAAUACCCAGUUAAAACACGACCUUAAAUUAUUGUUGAAAAAUAAUGCGACCAAAAUAGGCAUUCUGAAAAGAGUGCUGUUUAAGGACGGGAAGAGAACGAGAUCGCUUCAGGAGCUGCUGAGCAGACCAGAGACGCCAGGUUUGGUCUGCAGAAUACCCAUAUCCAGCAGCACAGUCGAAGAGGAUCCAAUACCUGAAAAUGAGCCAAAAACACCCCUCUCCCAACUCGAUGUAAAAAAUAUUCCAAUUCGCCCAGUAAAAUCGUACACAUUACAGUCACUGAAAAAAACAGAGCCAAAAGGAGACCCAAAGAUUCUGUUCAGCAAACAGUUCAUUGAGAACGAGCCAACAGAUGAGAAGCUGUUCUACAGCAAUAAGCGGAUAUUUCUGUAUAAAACAGAAUUGUGUAGGUCAUUCAGUGAGCUAGGUGUCUGUAAAUACGGUGAUAGGUGCCAAUUCAGUCACAGUUCGGUCGAACUCAGGGACGUCCACAGGCACCCAAAAUACAAAACAGAGACGUGUCGCGUAUUCUGGGAGAAGGGAACGUGUCCAUACGGCAAAAGAUGCUGCUUUCUCCAUUCUACAACUGAUAUGGAUAAAGACGAGCCAUUUGUUGUGAGACAGCAGACAUUUCUGACUCUCGUAAGCAGGUUCGUCUCUGAUGGCUCAGCUGACUCAAAAGAGCCUGACUUGUAUUCCAGGGCAGAAUUAGUCAACUCAAGUGUCCCAUAUUUCAAGUCCAAUAAAUUAAGGGUGGGUUUCACAGGCAAUAGAAUUGAUGAUGAGAUUGAAAUGGGCCCCAUUCAACAGAAGGAGACUCCUCUUCUGGGCAGAAUACUGGGAAUAAGUGACCUGACUGAUAAAAUCAAGCACAGAUACGAGUACAGGGAGGCAGACUACGAAUACAAGAGGAAUGUUGAUAGAAUUGGAUUCAAUGUGCUGUAA